GACAACGACAGUUGUCUACUGUGGCUGAAAUGGCCAUCGUUUUAUUUAUUUAUUUCUUUGAACUUUAUAAAUAUGUAGUCUUAAAGAAUGAUUUGAAUAACGAAUUCUGAUUACUAAGUUCGAAAAAUGUAAAAGCACUUUAUACUAUCUGUGUACUUUAUAUUUACGUUUAUAAAUAAAUACCAUUUCUCUUAAGUAAUUCAAACUAGGUCAAAUUCAAUGAUAUAUUCUUGAUGUAGUACAAACUUGAUUGCUUAAUGCGUUAAUGACACCAAACCCGCAACGUUUAAAUCGAUUGAGUGGUGAUAAUGAGUGAAGGAAAUUUAUCGCAAACUAUCAACCUUGAGAAUUGGAUGGGGGAACUUCCCGAACAAAUCAAAAAUGUCCCAUUUAUCUAUCUUGCUAUACCAGGAAGCCAUGAUUCUAUGACCUAUGGAAUAACUAGAUCAAGUGGGUUGGCACCUGAUGCUGAACCAGUUCUCAAAAGACUAUAUCCAUUGUUUAAAGGUACGAUAUUACGAUGGACAAUAACCCAGAGUAUAGAUGCGUACCAACAACUUCUCAUAGGCAUUAGGUAUUUUGACUUAAGACUCGCUACAAAAACUGGAGAAGAAAGAUUCUACUUCACACAUGGAGUGUAUGCGGGAGAAAUUACAGAACCCCUUCAUCAAAUUAAACAGUUUGCCACCUCACAUCCAGGAGAGGUCAUCAUUUUAGAUUUACAACACUUUUAUGGAUUUACUGCUGAUGAUCACCAAAAGUUAAUGAGAUAUUUGCUCAAUCUAUUUGGACAUAAACUUGUUCCAAGGGAACCAGAUUUGCAGAGUAUUACAUUAAAUUCACUACAGAGAUUAGGCCAACAGAUAGUCGUCGUAUACCGCCACCAAUCCGUAUAUGCCAGUUCCGAAUUCUGGCAGCCUCAGAUGCUACCAUCGCCAUGGCCGCAACAGGACAGUGUGAAUGGAUUACUGGAAUUCUUGUACAAUGUGAAGCGUCACCCUGGAAUGGGAUUUGUGCAUCAAGCGGUUUUGACGCCUACGCCUGCUUUUAUUUUAUUUAGAUGGAUUUCAACGCUACGCGAGAAAUGUGCUAAGCCCGUUAAAAAUGAAGUUCUACCCAAACUUGGCGAAUUUUCACCGGGACCACCCACACAUUCCCAGGGACCAUCACCCGUCAAUGUUGUUAUUGCAGACUUUGUAGAUUUAGAUAACGCUAUUUUUUCUAAAACUAUUAUACAGCUCAAUUUUAAGCUUCUGAAAAACACUGAUUUCGUAUUUCACAACAAUGGCUAAGAUAUGGCUUAGUUAUUGAGUGCUUAUUAUGAAAAAUUUAUUUUUAUUUAGUUACAUAUAGAUUAUGCAUAUACCUAGAUUUUAUCAACAAAAACAAACCAAGUACCUGCUAUUUGUAAGUUUUUUUUUACUUUUUGUUUUUUUUUUUUAUUAGCAACCGAAUAUGUGAUAUUUUAUGAUAUUAUGAAGUCCUUUUUAUUACAUAAUCAUCAUCAUUCUCAAUAAGUAUUAAGUAUCUUAUGCUUUACAUGAAGUGCCUUGAAUAAAAAAAUUUUUAUAGAAAUA